AUGGAAGCCGUGCCAUCGUCGACGGCGCCGGCGAAGCCCACCGUCCUCCGCGUGGCCGCCUUCUGCGGCUCCCUCCGCAAGGACUCGUGGCACCGCGGCCUCAUCCGCGCCGCCGAGGAGCUGUGCCAAGAGUCCAUCCCGGGCCUGCACAUCGACCACGUCGACAUCUCCGGCCUGCCAAUGGCCAACCCGGACCUGGAGACCGACGACGGCGACGGCUUCCCGCCGGACGUCGAGGCGUUCCGCGACAGGGUCCGCGCCGCUGACUGCUUCAUCUUCGCCUCGCCGGAGUACAACUACUCCAUCACCGCCACGCUGAAGAAUGCGCUGGACUGGGGGUCGAGAGGCAAGAAGAGCUGCUGGGCGGACAAGGCGGCGGCGAUCGUGUGCGCGGGAGGCAGCUUCGGCGGGGGCAGGGCGGCGUUCCACCUCCGCCAGAUCGGGGUGUUCCUGGACCUGCACUUCAUCAACAAGCCGGAGCUCCACGUCAAGGCCUACGACGACCCGCCCAAGUUCGACGCCGACGGCAACCUCAUCCACGCCGAGACCAGGGAGCGGCUCAGGCAGGUGCUUCUGUCGCUCCAGGCCUUCGCGCUCAGGCUCCAACCAAAGUAGCCCUCAAGAACUUGGGCACUCACCGCCGGACGUGCGUGCUGAUCAGUCUGCAGUUCUUUGCACAGUAUUCGUGCACCACUGGUUGUGUUCCGAAUUCCGAUAGAAAAACAAAAGUUAUUCUCCAGAGAG